UAAUAUGAUUGUGUUAAAUAGUUUUGAAAUAGAUUGUGAAGAGAAGAAAGUUUGUAAAUAAACUUAUAUUAUCAGCGGGUUAUACCUUUCAGCACUGAUAAAAUGUGGGUGUGUUAUCACAAGAUAAGAGGAAACAUUUCCACACAUCUUACUCAUUUUUAUCACAAACUCAGCAUUGUCACUGUGCAGUUUUUAUACAGUAUUAUAUGGAUGAUUUUCUUGUUUACUUUUUACUAGGUAAUAAUUGAGUUUUGUUUUCUGUGUCUGGUUCGAUAGUAUAAAAAAUGCAGAGUCCAUCCAGUGAUGUGGUGAAAGUGGCUAUUCAGGCGAAUAAUAAAGCUGUACUUUUUAAACUAGAUCAAGAUCAGUCAUUGGAAAAAGUGAUUGAAGAAAUAUGUGGAGAGUGCAUGGUGACCUACGAGAAAGGCAAGUUUGCCUUGCAGCUUCUACCUUCAGUGAGUGAACCAGAGGUGUUUGUGUAUAUAACAGAUUUCAAUCGCUACAUGAUCAAAAACGGUCGUGAACUGAGAUUGGUCUAUAGUCCACCAUUGCUUGCUAAAAUGAUCAAAGAUAAGUUAAAUCCUCGAGGUAGCAUAGAAAACUUAACAUGGGCACUAAAAAAGUCUGCAAUCUGCAGUACUGAUUCAACAUUUUGCAAAGAAUUUUACCCAACAGGAUACUCAACACUGAGGGUUCUUCUGAAUGAAUUACUUUUGACAAAAGAUCUGUACAAGAAGGCACUCCAAACUAUCUUGAACUUAAUCAAAUCAAAUUAUUUGAAAGAUUUGGACAAAGAUUUUCUUUUGCAACUAAAAAAAAUUAUCAUAAGUGACCAACCAAUAGAAGAGGGAAUUAUAGAAACAGCUUUAGAGAUACUUGAGGCAAUAAUUUUGACUAGUGGUGACUCGGAGAUCAUAACAAAACUCUUAAGCCUUGAUGAACUGGUUCAUCAUAUUUGGAGCAGAGACUCACCUACGAUACAGAGUAACACAAUUACACUCAUGAACACAAUGGCUUUAAAAAGCUCAAAAGUGAAAACUCAGCGAUUAAUUCUUCACAAAAUGAACUCAGAAGUGUACAAAGACUAUAUUUAUAUGAACAUUAUCACAACAGAUUCUGUGAUUCCCCCAAAUCUAGCCCAUGUUCUGUAUGUUUACCAAAGUCUAAUACUCUCUCUGGCCAAGGAGAGAUACAGAAACAUCAUAAAAAGUGAGUCACUCAUGCCUGAUCUUGUCCCAUGCCUGAAAACCAACAAGAUGGACACAACAAUAAAGAAUGAAAUAGAAGCUGAGUUUUUCAAAUCAGGUAGAGGAAGUAAGAUUAGUCAAACAAAUGUAAGUUAUAACGAUGGAGAUGACGUAAGCUUGACACCAUCAAUGACCAGCAGUGUAUUAUACGGGUCACAGUCGGAUGAAGAAAUAGAUGACACAGUUUUUAUCCAAGAAACAAAGCGUCAAGAAUCCAAAAAAGAUAACUACAUCUCUCAGCUAACUUUUGAUUGUGUGUUUUAUUUCUACAAUAACCAUCGUGAUGACUACAAAAUAGCUCUCCUAGAUGAUGGUAAUAACUACAGUAAUCUGUUAAGAACUUGUGAACAAAUUGUUCAAAUCCUUUGUUUAAAAGUUCUGCGUAUAGGAAACAUACCAGAUAAUGGAGAAACAAACUAUUGUCCUCUUGUCUUCUUAACUGCCCUUCCUUUCUUUGAGGAAUUGUUUUCUAGAGCAAUAAACUUACUACACAAAACUAAGAGGGAAAUGAAGGCCAGGAGUUCAUCUGAUUUAGAGAAGGUAUAUCAAGUUCUUCAGCGACAGCUCAGUGAAGCCCUGGCAUCCCAGCCAACCACCUUCGAGCGACUGGAUGCAAAGUUGGGGAAUCUCUCAUACUGGGCUGUGAGGAACCAGUGGCAAGAAGAACAGAUAGAGCGGGAACGACACACGCUUGCCAACUCUCCUGCCAUCAAGGAGCUCAAGAAAUCGCUCGAAGGGGAAAUCAAAGACCUUGUGAAAAAACAAAGGCUUCAAUUUAUUAAGAACGGGACAGAAUUUCCAGUGUGGAACUCUCAGAGAAAUCAGAGAGUGAAGAACAAGACAUGGUUUGCGUUUCUUACUCCAAACGAGAAGGUGAUCCAGUAUUACGAGAAUGAUGGGGAAGUCAAACAGAUGAUGGUUGAGAAUAUAGCAGCCAUGCUCACUGGUAGAAGAUGUCCUCAUAUCAAGCAUUCCAAAUCUAGAGCAACUAAUGGAGAGUUGGGAUUUUCCUUGGUAGCAGAAGAUCCAUCUGUCAUAUCAUCUUUGGACUUCAUUGCUCCAACGCAGGAAAUAUAUGACCAUUGGACUGAUGCUAUCAACAUCCUGAUAGGAAGUGAGAUGAGGAGCUUGUCUAUGAAGCGAGACAUGAACUGCCUGUUGGAAAUGGAGUUGCGCCUUCGCCUGUUGGACACUGAUGGUAUAGACCUCCCACAUGAUCCUCCUCCCAUACCCCUUGAUCCACCAAACUAUGACUUCAGUCUCUCUCAACCGGAAUAAAUGAUAUAGUGAUGUAUAAAAUAUUUUUACUCUUUAA